UCUGUGCUCUGUUGGCUUCUUAUAAGCCUGCUUCUCUGAAAUCAAUCUUAUCAAGGACAUCAUUAUCUGCAAGGAUGCCCGGAGCACUUUUAUCAGCGCAGUCGCUCUACAUAGGGAUGGAGGUGGUGAUUGCAGUCGCGUCUGUGAUCGGGAAUGUAAUGGUGGUUUGGGCGGUGAAAAUUAAUAAAUCGUUGCGAGAUACCACGUUUUGUUUCAUCGUCUCCCUGGCUCUGGCGGAUAUUGCAGUGGGAGCUCUCGUCAUCCCUUUGGCCAUCACUAUCAGCAUUGGACUCCAAACUCACUUUUACAGCUGCCUGCUGGUGGCGUGCACGGUGCUGGUGCUGACGCAAAGUUCAAUCCUGGCCCUUCUAGCUAUUGCAAUUGACCGCUAUCUCAGGGUCAAGAUCCCGACCAGGUACAAGCGGGUGGUGACCACCCAGCGAGCUGGGCUGGCAGUGGUGAUAUGCUGGACAGUGGCUUUCAUCGUGGGACUCACACCCAUGUUAGGCUGGAACAACCUGAGGCGCCUCCAGCAGAACGGUUCCAUCAGCUCUGACCUCAUUAUCACCUGCCAGUUCGAAAACGUCAUCAGCAUGGACUACAUGGUCUAUUUCAACUUUUUCGGCUGGGUGCUGCCACCGCUGCUGCUCAUGUUGGUCAUCUACGCAGAGAUCUUCUACAUGAUCCACAAGCAACUUAACAAUAAGAAGUUCACCACCAGUCACACAGACCCCAACAAGUACUAUGACAAGGAACUGAAUCUUGCUAAAUCGCUGGCCCUGGUCCUUUUUCUUUUUGCCAUCAGCUGGCUUCCCCUCCACAUCAUCAACUGCAUCACACUCUUCUGCCCUGAGUGCAAAAAGCCCAUUGUUCUCCUCUACAUCGCCAUCCUGCUCACCCACGGCAACUCUGCUGUCAACCCAAUUGUCUACGCUUUCCGCAUUAAGAAGUUCCGCACGGCCUUCAGGAAAAUCUGGCAACAGUACUUAUGCUGCAAGGACACACCACCUCUGGAGAUUCAGCCCAGCGACAGGAAAGAGAUGCCCAAUCCAGAGCCACAGCAGGCGACACCAGCGUUGCCCCCUCAGGCAAAAACUCUAAACUCUGAUCUGACACCGCAGCAGCCACCUCCCCCUGAGCAGCAGCAGGACCAAAUGACUGAACCACAACAACGGCCUAAAGAACAUCCGCCCUUACUGGAGCAGAAUGCGGUCUAAGCCAAGGAACUGAUCUGAUUGCUGGGAAAGUAAUGAUCAAUGCACGAGCAUUGGUUCUCUCCUCAUUUGAAUGUAUUCUAAUGAGGAGCAUGAAGUGCUACAGUGCUGUAGUGACUGAGGCGACUUGGUAAAUCUCAAACACUGGACGAUCAUUUACUUUUACUCAGGAGGAGUGUAUGUACUCAAAGUUUGGUCAGAGUAACAACAAAAGACAAAAAGGAUAUCUAUAAACUUGCAAUAAUAGAAGUCUUUUUGACAGUGGCUGUCUAUCUUAGUAACAGACUGAAGGCAUUAAGCUUUAAUGUUUUUUUUGGUGUAAACAUUACAAAAUGUGCAAUAUAAGUUAUUGUGGUUGGUCAGUAUCACAUUAUCAAAUGUUAUAACUUGCUAUAAAAUCAAAGUUUCUACGUUCAAUACAGCAGGUUCAUCUUACUACUGUAAUACUGUGUGUAUGUUUAAACUGGCAGUGGCUGAAGAAUAUGAAUGUAAUAAUAAUGUAAAUAAGGGACUACAGCAGUACAGCUGUGAAUGCUCAUCUCUUCUUCGGGGUCUUAAUCGCACAACAGUGGUAGAGCGAGUGACACUAUGGGAGAGAUUUUUGCAGCAACGAGGUGUGUAUGUGCUGAUAGAAGGGUUUUGUAAUCCCUUAGCUCUUUUCCACUGGAGUCCCUCAGUGAUCCAGCAGCACUGAUCCAUUACGGAGAAGAUGGACAGGGAUAGGAAGCAAGCAGCUGGAGGGAAUGGGAGGUUUUAACCUUUUUGAAGCUGCGUGCAGGAGACUCCUGGCUGCAGGACGACAGCUACUCAUGGGAGAGAAUGACAAGAUGCACUUAAACCUCAUGUUUAUCCAGCCUCCAUGCCAGCUGGUGGUGGUAGCGGGGUUUUCCUUUUUUCCCUUCAUGGAUUCAUAAUAACCUUAUCACAACUUACCACUAAACACAGUGGCUUCCAUGGCCUUAUUCUGUAUUUUAAAGUAGUACUAGUAUGGACUGGACAAGAAAAGACAACCUGAAGAUUGUGAGUAUCUUUACUACACUGUCAGCUCAACAUUUUGCAUAAUGCCAAACUGGGGCAUCUGUAGAUUAGUUAAGUUAUGUUCAAUGCCACUGACAUAAAAACAUUGUAUGAGAAUGUAAAGUAAUUAUGUUCGGUCUCUUGUAAAGACUCUCAACUCUGGACAAGAAUGUGCACUGAUGUUCUCCUAAGUGGGUGGGUUAGGGUUACAAUCUCUUACGUAAGGUUAAGCCUUUUCAUUGCGGUCUUGACAAACAUCUCCUGGGCAUGAGCAGGCAGUGAACACAGCACGGAUGGCUGAAAGGACAGUGUCAACAGAAACCUUAAUGCAAUCCACAGCACCUGUAUCUUGAUUUGUCUGAAAUGUAUGGGCCCGGUGGACUGUACAUAACACACAGUUACUAACAUAAUGUAUAACAUAACAUGCUUUCUAUAGGUAAUGCUAUUUACAACCUAGGUUUACAGUCUUGAUUCCGAUAGAAU